AGGGGGGUUGUGGUGGAUAAGUUUAUCCUGUUCUUCUUUCGCACUACAGUGAGUCAACAAAGUAAACCUUUUCCCCACUAUAAAACGAGAGAGGCUGUAGUGAGUGAAGAUGGUUCUGGAGCAGAGAAAAGGAAAAGAAAUGAGAGAUGUUGGUGAUGAAGAGAAAUGGGUUUAUGAUUCUUCUGUGGAUCAUAAAGGAAGAGUUCCACUUCGAGCUUCCACCGGUGUUUGGAAAGCCUCCCUCUUCAUUAUCGCAAUCGAGUUCAGUGAAAGGUUGAGUUACUUUGGGAUAGCGACAAGUUUGAUCAUUUACCUGACCAAGGUGAUCCACCAAGACCUCAAGACAGCAGCAAGGAGCGUCAACUACUGGGCUGGGGUCACGACACUGAUGCCACUACUUGGAGGGUUCAUUGCUGAUGCAUACUUGGGCCGGUUCUCGACGGUUCUGGUUUCAUGCAUCGCCUACCUUUUGGGUUUGCUUCUCUUGACAAUGUCCUGGUUUGUGCCAAGCUUAAAGGCCUGCGAUGCUGAUGUGUGUGAUGAGCCUAGGAAGAUUCAUGAAGUGGUCUUCUUCCUUGCCAUAUACUUGGUCUCCAUUGGAACAGGAGGCCAUAAACCUUCAUUGGAGAGCUUUGGAGCUGAUCAGUUUGACGAUGAUCACUCUGAAGAGAGGAAGAAGAAGAUGUCCUUCUUCAACUGGUGGAACUUUGGCCUUUGCUGUGGACUCUUAUUCGGCGUCACUGUGGUUGUUUACGUGCAAGACCAUGUCAACUGGGGGGCUGCAGAUAUUAUUCUGGCCUUAGUUAUGGCUUGGUCGCUGUUGAUCUUCAUUAUUGGACGGCCAUAUUACCGUUACAGGGUGCCAUCAGGAAGCCCAUUGACGCCAAUGCUACAGGUUCUUGUAGCUGCCAUUUCCAAAAGAAAACUGCCUCACCCAUCCAAUCCUGCAGACUUGUACGAGGUUCCCAAGUCACAGAAGGCUCAGGGGAGGCUUUUGUGCCACACCAAGAAACUUAAGUUCCUUGACAGAGCUGCCAUUAUUGAAGACAAUGAAAAUUCAAUUGACAAACAGAAUCCCUGGAGACUUGCAACUGUUACCAAGGUUGAGGAGAUGAAGCUUGUUCUGAACAUGAUUCCCAUAUGGCUAGCUACCUUACCUUUCGGAAUUUGUGUAGCACAAGCUUCCACAUUCUUCAUCAAACAAGGGGCCACUAUGAACCGAAACAUUGGCAAUUUCGUGAUUCCGCCAGCCUCGAUCUUCUCUCUAGCAGCCAUUGGCAUGAUAAUCUCCGUAACCAUCUAUGAAAAGGUCCUCGUACCAGCACUCAGGAAAACAACAGGGAACGAACGAGGCAUCAAAAUCCUCCAGAGAAUUGGUAUAGGAAUGGCUUUCUCAGUAGCUACAAUGGUAGUUGCAGCCCUGGUCGAGAGAAAGAGAUUGGCUGCUGUGAAAAAGGACCCGGUACAUGGCUCCCUCUCCAUGAGUGUGUUCUGGUUAGCACCACAGUUCGUCAUCAUCGGUGCUGGAGACGGGUUCGCUCUGGUCGGCCUGCAAGAGUACUUUUAUGACCAAGUUCCAGAUUCUAUGAGAAGCUUAGGCAUUGCAUUUUACCUGAGCGUGAUUGGAGCUGCAAACUUCCUUAGCAGCCUGCUGAUAACACUUGUUGAUCACGUCACAGAGAAAGGAGGGAAGAGCUGGUUUGGCAAGGAUUUGAACAGCAGCCGCUUAGACAAUUUCUACUGGCUGUUAGCAAUCAUGACCAUGGCCAACCUGUGCGUCUAUAUGUUCCUGGCAAAGCGUUACUCUUACAAAAACAUCCAGAGUUUGGCUGUAGCUAAUUGCAAUGAAGAAGAUGAUAAUGCUGGAUCAAUGGCCUGAUAUUAAUUAUAACUCGUUGAGCUUAUAUAAAUAAGCUAAUUAAUGCUAUUUUUUAGCAUUUCCUAGAGUAAGUUAGUGUUCAAGUAAGGUAAAUUAGUAAUAUAUUUUAGCAUAUUACUGGUC